UGGCGCCAAAAUUCCUGAAAUAAAUCCAUAGGUAAAAAGAAAUAGAGAGAGAAAUUGGAAACGAAUUAAAAAGAAAUGAAUUCAAAACAUCCUCCAGUUAGGGUUUUGGGGCAGCGAUCUAUUGCUUCCACAUUCCUCUUUCGAUCUUCCAAGCCCAACCCGUCCACUGAUUGUAAAGGAGAUGUGAAGAUCAAAACCCUUAAGAGGGAUUCGCCUGUUUCGCUCUCCGAUUUCCUCAACCGAAAGCUGCACAGAAGUUCUGUUUUGCCAAGUUCAGCUCAGGGAAAGGAUAGGCCAUUCUUCCCACCUGUGGGCAAGAAGGAUGUGACUGGGUCAAAUGAAGGACAGAAUGGAGUUAAGGAGGUGAAACCAGUUCAUGAUCUAGUUUUUGAACAGUUAAAGUGGACUAGAAAAGAGAAUGAAGAUUGUCUUGGUUCAUGUGCUGAUGGUGAGGGUGGGAGUUCUUGCACAGAAAAUAUGCAUGAAUCUAGAAAAAGGAAAAUCCCAUUUGCAGGUGAAGAUGGGGAACAAUCUGCUCAGAAGCAUUUGGUUGUUCUUGGAGAUUGCCCAAGACCCAUUCAUCCAAUACCCAAGAAAAAUGGAGAGGAACAGAGUUUUACUGCAAGCAAGAAACCAAGACGUCUCUUUAAUCACUAUGCAAAUGGGAGUGGCUGGUGGGACUACAAUAUGGAAGGUGUUGACAAUGAAGAAGUAGGCUGCAAUGAAGCCUGGGAAGGGAUAGGUUCUGCCACAUUGGGGGGAUUGGAUUGGCAUUGACUUGAAACCACCUUUCACAAGUAUGUUCAAAUCCUAGAAAAUUACCUUUUCUGUUUUCCUCCUAAUGUUGGUGCUAAUCAAGUCUUUAAAUUAACUGGAAGGCAAAGAUGAUCAAAACCAAAAAAAAAAAAGAUCUUGGCAACCUAUGUUAGUGACUUUGGUUGAAUGUAAAGAUUUUACCUCAAUAGGUAUUUUGUGCCUUCGUUGUGGCUUGUUCAAGACUAGUCUGUUGGCUAUUUAUUUAUGCAUUUGAUGCA